CCUGAUUUUCCCAAAUGUCGUGUGACCCAACCCUGAAGGCGUACCAACAUUGAAUUUUAGUUGCCAUGCCAUGCUGUCGACGUCCAUCUUUCUUUUUUCUCGGUGAUCCGAUUGUGUUUAAUGUCGAUCCGGUAAACAAAAUUUAAAUCGCAGUCAUGGUGCGUAUGAAUGUUCUUAGCGACGCUCUUAAGUCGAUUAAUAAUGCCGAAAAGCGUGGAAAGAGGCAAGUUUUGUUGAGGCCUUGCUCCAAGGUUAUCGUCAAGUUUUUGACUGUCAUGAUGAAGCAUGGGUAUAUUGGAGAAUUCGAAAUCGUCGAUGACCACCGAAGUGGCAAAGUUGUUGUCAACUUAACAGGAAGAUUAAACAAGUGUGGAGUUAUUUCUCCUAGAUUCGAUGUUCCAAUCACAGAUAUUGAAAAAUGGACUAAUAAUUUAUUACCCAGCAGACAGUUUGGAUAUGUGGUUUUAACAACGAGUGGAGGUAUUAUGGAUCACGAAGAAGCUAGGAGAAAACAUCUUGGGGGUAAAAUUCUGGGAUUUUUCUUCUAAUUUAAUAUUGUAAGAAAACUGUAUCAAUAUUUAUCAGAAAUAAAGAUGUUAAAUAUUGUUACAGCA